UUCGCAGCCAUGGUCGCCGUCGCCCAGCCCGCAGCCCCCGCCCGCAAAAACAGAAGACGAGAGUCCAAGAAGAAGGCCCCCAAACUACCCACAGACGAUGCCGAUAUGGCUGGGGUGGACUCAGAUGGCGAACCUGAAGCUUCCACUUCCUCCCCAGCCCAACCCCCGCCACCGAUCCAGAACGACGACGAUGAAGACGACCUCAUGUUAGAUCCGGAGCCAUUGGCCGCACCAACUGGCGCCCCGACCUUCUCCGCUCUCCCCGCCAGCGCAGAAAAAACUGCUCUCAAAUCAGAAACCCGUCGCAUACCAAUACCCCCACAUCGCAUGACGCCUUUGAAAAAGGACUGGAUCAAUAUAUUUGGGCCGCUGACGGAGAUCCUGGGUCUGCAAGUGCGCAUGAACGUCCAAAGGAGAUGUGUCGAAGCACGGACAUCCAAAGCUACCAAAGACAUCGGUGCCCUCCAGAAAGGCGCCGAUUUUGUGAAAGCAUUCGCCUUGGGUUUCGACAUCAAUGAUGCCAUCGCCCUGCUCCGAUUAGACGACCUCUACCUCGACUCGUUCGAAAUCAAGGACGUCAAGACACUCCAAGGCGACCACCUUUCUCGUGCCAUUGGCCGCAUCGCUGGUCAAGACGGCAAAACCAAAUUCACAAUCGAGAAUGCCAGCAGGACGCGUAUUGUCCUUGCCGACACUAAAAUACACAUCAUGGGUUCCUUCCAAAACAUCAAGAUAGCGCGAGACGCAAUCGUCUCUUUAAUCCUUGGCUCCCCUCCUGGAAAAGUUUAUGCAGGUUUACGCACUGUUGCCUCGCGCAUGCGCCAGCGUGCCUUAUAG